UCCACACUGCUCUCUUGUGCUGUUAAAGGAAAAACCCAUUGCAUGAUCCCUUUAACAACAGCUGAGACUAUUUUUGAGCACAAAAUAUGUCUCUGUACUGCAUUGCCUAUGACUGAGGCAGUUUAAGACUGCUAAGGCUCAGCCUGUUCUAGGUAUUAAGAGCUGGCAAACACCUCACUACUAUUUUGCAUGCUAACUGUAAGACUCAACCCAUGCAAGCCUUAAGGUGGCAUUUCCACCUCAUUUUGUUUCAACCAAAAGCAGAAAAUGUUUUUUCCCUUGGAAAUGAAUCUUGGGAAUUACUGAAGUUCUCUAUGAGUAAACCUUCCAGAGAUGUCUUCUCCAAUGGAGAUAUCAACCACACGUACAUCUGGGCCCAGUGCAGCUGACAGGUGUCUACCUGAAUCAUUCAUGUCACCAAGGAGCAGUCCUAUGCCUGUCAUGCUGGAGCUCCUCUUGAGUGAGCAGCUGUGGGAUUGAGACCUGGCAUGUAAUAAAGAGCAAGAACUUCAGCCCAGCAAUGAAUUCUGCUUUGGGGAGGCAGAACUGAAGCAGCAGGCGGGCUGCAGUGCCAGAUCAGAACUGACAACGUGUUCCUCCCUUCCUCAGCCCUCUACUAGCACAGAGAUCACCCUAUUAAGGAAUAACCUCCCAAAGUACCAGCUGGUCCCAGCCAGGAUCAUUGCAGAGCCCAGCCAGCGAUUGGAGACAGAGCAGGAAGCCCCAGACUCAAUGAAUUGACCAAACAGAAGCCCAAGUUGACAAUUUGGAGGAAGAAUUCAAUUCACGCAGGCAGAGCAAAGAGAGAAAUAAUCUCCAGAGAUGUUCUGCAGAGAUUUUUGCCUCCUCAGUCUUUGUCUUUUCCUUCUACCCCAAAGAAGGUGUUCCCUGGGUCAUCUAUCCAGCUCACGCAGUGGUGACACGACAUCCCUCCCUGGAUUUGAGAACCUCACCAUGGGAUACAACAAAUACCUCAGGCCCUACUUUGGUGGAGAGCCUGUUCAAAUCGCCAUGAGCCUGGACAUCGCCAGUAUUUCCAGUGUAUCUGAGAGCGACAUGGAUUACACAGCCACUAUAUACUUGCGGCAGCACUGGACAGACCCCAGGCUGGUCUUUCAAGGCAACAAGAGCUUCACGCUGGAUGCUCGCCUGGUGGAACUGCUCUGGGUACCAGACACAUACAUCGUGGAGUCAAAAAGGUCCUUCCUGCACGAUGUCACUGUGGGGAACCGGCUCAUAAGAUUGUUCUCUAAUGGCACUAUCCUGUAUGCCCUAAGAAUCACUACCACUGUCGCUUGUAACAUGGACCUGUCAAAAUACCCCAUGGACACACAGACGUGCAGGCUGCAGCUUGAAAGCUGGGGGUACGAUGAAAACGAUGUCACCUUCACAUGGCUGAGAGGAAAUGACUCUGUCCAUGGCAUAGAAAAACUACGGCUCUCGCAGUACACAGUGGAGAGUUACUAUACCCUGGUCUCGAAGUCACAGCAGGAAACAGGCAUUUACCCACGACUGAUACUGCAGUUUAAACUGAGAAGAAAUGUCCUUUACUUCGUUUUGGAGACCUAUGUACCCUCCACUCUGCUUGUCAUGUUGUCCUGGGUUUCAUUUUGGAUCACAUUGGAUUCAGUGCCUGCAAGAACCUGCAUUGGAGUAACAACAGUGCUUUCCAUGACAACUCUGAUGAUCGGCUCACGGAGUUCACUUUCAAAAACCAACUGUUUCAUCAAGGCCAUUGAUGUUUACCUUGGCAUCUGCUUCACCUUCAUCUUUGGUGCCCUUGUGGAAUAUGCAGUGGCUCACUACAGCUCAUCACAAAAGUGUGCAGCUAAAACAACUCAGGAGGGGCUUGCAAAUGACCUUACCAAGGAAAUGGAAGAAGUCAACAUUGCCAACAUCCUCACCAGCUAUAAACAGAAAAUCAGCUUUUCAAGCAUUGAGAUCUCCAGUGAUAACAUUAACUGCAGUGACCUGACCAUGAAAACUCGUGAGAAAAUCAAAUGUGUCUUGAGAAACAAAAUCCACAGGAUUAUUGGUUAUUUCACAAUUCAGAACCCCAGCAAUAUAGACCACUACUCUAAACUCCUUUUCCCUUUGUUUUUCAUGGUGGUCAAUGUGUUUUAUUGGGCCUAUUACUUAUAUUUCUAGUAGAAAUGAGUAGCUUCGUUCUCCCACAUCAGCAGGAGAGGAAUCUUGCAGUGGGUAUUGGUGUCUAGCCUCAGUGAAUCCAGUGUGGGCAAACUGCUCUGUUAUGUGUCCUGAGGAACAAAGCGGAAUCAUGUGUGAAAUAUGCACAAUGCAAAGCAACACUGAUUCUGGACCACUGCUCGUUCAGCUGAGGGGCAGUGCUGGGCUCUUGUGCUUGUUCCUGCUUUUCAUUCCAGCACCCCCCCUUUUGCCUGGCUGCAGUUCAGUAUGUAGGACUGCAUGCAGCAGCCCACAGAGCACUACGGGCAGCAAAAUUAUCUGAGUAGUCUGAAGCAGGUCAGAACUUUGUAGUUUAGAUCUGCAAGAGGAUGCAAAACUGUAGCUUUUGUUUGCCAGAGACAACAGGAAUAGAGGAACCAUGAUUGCUGUCUGAAUAGCUCUCUCAUGAAGCAGAGGAUCCUGAAGGCAGCAGCACACCUGCACAGAGGAACGGCUGCUGCGUGACACCUUGUCCCAGAGCCAAUGCAUUUUUUUAUGAGAUUUGGGACCAAGAAAUACAGGCAGCAAAACUGUUCUGUGACCCAUCUCUACACUCUGUCUGUUGAGCUGCAGUUGAACAGAUUCUACCACCUUCCAUGACUUCCUCACAAACCCUGGAGAGUGCCUCCUUCAGCUUUUAGUGCUCUGGGCAAGAGUGACCAAUUUGCCUUCUCCUUCUUUGUGUGGCUGUGCAGCUGUGGCCAGUCAGCAGUUCUGCUGGGUGAGAAGCCCACCUGUGGGCUGAGGUACAAUGACCCAGAUCAGCCUUCACUCUCAGUUUUAGGCUGAAACACCAAGUUUCUGCAGAUUCUAGGUGGGCUCUGGAAACUGCCAGUCAGCUCUGUUUCUCCUGCAAUCAGCAGGAGUGAGAGCUUUGUUUUAAAAAUACAUGAAAUGUGAUGCACACAAACUUAGGUUUGAGAACCAAAUACCAUUUAGUGCUAUGUACUUAAGGCUACUGGAAGUCUUUAUUUCCUGAUUUUUAAAUGAACAUUUUAUGGCAUAUUGCCCAAGUCCCCCUCUCCUGCCACCACUUUUGGUCUAUGCAGCUGUGAGAUUCUGAAGGUGUAAUUCUGCAGUUAUAUAGGCAGAAUUAACUGCCCUCAGUGGUUGCCAUUCUGCAGGAGCUCUGGCUGAGUGAGGCCCCUCAGCAUCUAGCUUAUAUUACAGCCUCUUGCACACGGUGUCUGCUUGGUGUAAGGCUCUUCCUGGGGGCUCCUCCAGAAGGUGGGCAAGGCAUGUGAAACUAUAGAUUUAUUUUUUUUACUUUAAUAAGUUUUUAUUGAACCACUUCACCAUGCUGUAUUGGGAAGGAUCUGAAGCACAUAUUCAUAAAUCGUAGAUUUUACAAAGAGCAGCACAAGAAGACAAAGGGGAACAGACUGACAAUGGCAAGUGAAUAAACACCAACUCCAAUAAUGAAAUGUUGCCUUGUAUAUACUGGCAUUUAAAGUCCAUUCCAUAAAAUGUAAUAAAGUGAACGUUAGUGAUAUGAACACAACCCCCUGGAGAGAUCUUCUAUUAAAAAAAUCA